AGCCCGCAGUGCCGCGGAGAAACCAGACCAGCGUGCCCCCCUCUCUGAGCUCCAGGAAGAAGACGCAAACAUGUCAGAGAGGAGAGGUCAGAAAAAGUCCGUCUUUCUGUCAGUCACUAUUGGUGUGUUGUAUGUUUGCUAGUGCAGAGUAUUCCAGCUGUGGAGAGUACGAAUUCUUCAAUCAGACCAGUAACAGUUGCCAGGCCUGUCCUCAUUGUCAGCCAGGACAAGAGCCGCAUAUGACCUGCGGCUACGGAGUGAAGGAUGAAGACUUUGCCUGUGUGCCGUGCCCGCACGGGAAAUAUUCCAAAGGGAAGUAUGAGAUCUGCAGACGACAUAAAGACUGUGACGCCCUCUACAAAGCCACUGUUCGCAUAUCUGGAACUCCGGACAGCGACGCGGAGUGUGGACCCUGUUUACCGGGGUUUUACAUGCUGGAAAACAGACCCAGGAACCUCUAUGGGAUGGUUUGCCACUCCUGCCAGAACGCACCACGCAACACCAAAGAAUGCCUGGCAACCGGGCAAAAGAAAAAACCUAUAAUUGACCCUGGCAGCACCACUGUGUUCCCUCAUCUGCAUAAAGAUUCCACCGGACAAGGUCACCUAGCAACGGCUCUCAUUAUCGCCAUGUCAACCAUUUUCAUCAUGGCCAUCGCCAUUGUCCUCAUCAUCAUGUUUUACAUCCUGAAGGCCAAACCGAGUGGGCAGGCAUGUUGUUCCGGACAAGUUGUGAAGACAGUGGAAGCUCAGACCAACAAACAGGAAGACAAGAAAGACGUCCCUGACAACGUGGUGAUCUACUCAGAGAAAGAUGAUUUUGACAAACUAAAGGCUGCUCCCCAGAAGACGGUGAAAAGUGAAAAUGAUGCAUCAUCAGAGAACGAGCAGCUGCUGAGUCGUAGCAUUGACAGCGACGAAGAGGCGGCGUCUGACAAGCAAGGGUCCGCCGAGACCCACAACCCCAACCUGUGCCUCGUCAACCUGGGAAACAAACCCGACCUCUGCCUGCUCUCUCUGGGCCUGUUAGAGCGGGACCGAAACUGCAACGGAGGCCCGAACACUGCAGCCGGACAGGCCAAUAACACCCCGAGUCCCAACCACAUCGGCAAAGUCAACCACAUCACCAGCACCAACCACAUCAGCAACGUGAACGCAAUCAACAACAAUAAAACCCCAGGGAUGCUACAAAGUCGAAGGAAAAAGAUCCUGGAUCUGUAUGCCAGAGCCUGCAAUGUGACAGAGGGCCUAAGCCCCACAGAGCUUCCUUUCGACUGCCUGGAGAAGGCCAGCCGCAUGCUGAGCUCCUCCUAUAGCAGCGAGGCGGCCGUGGUGAAGACAUGGAGGCACCUUGCCGAGAGCUUCGGGCUAAAGCGUGACGAGAUCGGCGGCAUGAGCGACGGCCUGCAGCUCUUCGAGAGAGUGAGCACGGCGGGCUACAGCAUUCCCGACCUCCUGACCCGCCUGGUACAGAUCGAGAGGCUGGACGCGGUGGAGUCGCUCUGUUCAGACGUGCUGGGCAGCGGUGAGAUGGCGGCCGCUGCCGGACGGCAGGGCAACAGCACUUUUCACAGCCAGUUGGUCUGUCCAUCCCCAUUACCAUCUCCAUCCCAGCGCUGCGCCAGCGUCUGAUGUGGUGGAGCAGAGACUUGAGAGAC